CAUGGAGGUGACGGCGGACCAGCCGCGCUGGGUGAGCCACCACCACCCCGCCGUGCUCAACGGGCAGCACCCGGACUCGCACCACCCUGGCCUCGGCCACUCCUACAUGGACGCGGCGCAGUACCCCCUGCCGGAGGAGGUGGAUGUACUUUUUAACAUCGAUGGUCAAGGCAACCACGUCCCGUCCUACUACGGAAACUCGGUGAGGGCCACCGUGCAGAGGUACCCUCCGACUCAUCACGGGAGCCAGGUAUGCCGCCCACCUCUGCUGCACGGAUCGCUGCCCUGGCUGGACGGCGGCAAAGCGCUGGGCAGCCACCACACCGCCUCGCCCUGGAACCUCAGCCCCUUCUCCAAGACGUCCAUCCACCACGGCUCGCCCGGGCCGUUAUCCGUGUAUCCCCCGGCCUCGUCGUCCUCGCUGGCGGCGGGCCACUCCAGCCCGCACCUCUUCACCUUCCCGCCCACCCCGCCGAAGGACGUCUCCCCGGACCCAUCGCUGUCCACCCCGGGCUCGGCCGGCUCGGCCAGGCAGGACGAGAAAGAGUGCCUCAAGUACCAGGUGCCGCUGCCCGACAGCAUGAAGCUCGAGGCGCCGCACUCGCGGGGCAGCAUGACCGCCCUGGGAGGGGCCUCGUCCUCCGCCCACCACCCCAUCACCACCUACCCGCCCUACGUGCCCGAGUACAGCUCCGGACUCUUCCCCCCCAGCAGCCUGUUGGGGGGCUCCCCCACCGGGUUCGGAUGUAAGUCGAGGCCCAAGGCGCGAUCCAGCACAGAAGGCAGGGAGUGUGUGAACUGCGGGGCAACCUCAACCCCACUGUGGCGACGAGAUGGCACUGGGCACUACCUUUGCAAUGCCUGUGGGCUCUACCACAAAAUGAACGGACAGAACCGGCCCCUCAUCAAGCCCAAGCGAAGGCUGUCAGCGGCAAGGAGAGCGGGGACGUCUUGUGCUAACUGUCAGACCACCACGACCACCCUGUGGCGGAGGAAUGCGAACGGGGACCCUGUCUGCAAUGCCUGUGGGCUCUACUACAAGCUGCACAAUAUUAACAGACCCCUGACUAUGAAGAAGGAAGGCAUCCAGACCAGAAACCGGAAAAUGUCUAGCAAAUCAAAAAAGUGCAAAAAGGUGCAUGACACUCUGGAGGACUUCCCCAAGAGCAGCUCUUUCAACCCAGCCGCCCUGUCCAGACACAUGUCGUCCCUCAGCCACAUCUCCCCUUUCAGCCACUCCAGCCACAUGCUGACCACGCCCACGCCCAUGCACCCGCCCUCCGGCCUCUCCUUCGGACCUCACCACCCCUCCAGCAUGGUCACCGCCAUGGGCUAGAGCGAGCCCUGCUCGGCUGCGCACACGUCUCCGAGCGUGCAUGCGUGCGUGCGUGCGAGCGAGCGAGCCCCUCUGACUCCUUGUACUUGCGUUUUUGCAGGAGCAGUAUCAUGAAGCCUAAAAGCAACAGAUAGAUGGUUUGGAAGGCAGAAAGCAAAAUGAUGUUUGCUUCUUCUGCGGAGAAGCUCACGGUGGUGUGUGUACCAACCACUGACUUGGGAUCCCAUUUGUGAAUAAGCCAUUCAGACUCAUUCCCUACUUAACAGGGUCUCUAGUGCUGUGAAAAAAUAAUGCCGAACAUUGCAUAUAACUUAUAUUGUAAGAAAUACUGUACAUUCGAGGAAGACUUUAUUGCACCUGGAUAGCUGUAAGAAAGGCAUGAAGGACGCCAAGAAUUUUAAGGAACAUGGGGGAAAUAAAGUAUGGAAACUCAGAAGAAACUAGGUCUGAUAUCCAAAUGGACAAACUGCCAGUUUUAUUUCUUUUCACUGGCCACAGUUGUUUGAUGCAUUAAAAAAAAAGAAGAAAAAAAUGAAAAAAAAAAGAUAAAAAGUUAAAAAAAAGUUGUAGGCAAAUCAUUUGUUCAAGGUUGUGGGCCUUUGCAAAGGAAAUUUCAGUUCUGGGCAAUCAGUGUUAAUGUCUCACAGUUGCCAGCGAAGGUUUCAGAAUGUCAUUUCUAGGCCUACACACUUCGUGAACAAGUCCCUGUAAUUGUUGUUUGUAUGUAUAAUUCAAAGCACCAAAAUAAGAAAAGAUGUAGAUUUAUUUCAUCAUAUUAUACAGAUUGAAUUGUACAAAUUUAUUUACUGCUAGUGUUAAGAACUGCUUUUUUUUUUUUUUGGUUUUAAUGUUUUCCUUCUCUUUUGAUUUUCAGUUAAAUAAACUAGCUUAAUUUCAGUUGACCUAAGGUGGAUGUACUCUGGAGGGCUUAUUUUCCAUUUUGUUUUUGGAUGAUAUUUAUUAACUAGCUUCUCAAGGUGCAGCGGUAUCUGUCUUCUCCCUCCCCUGCGGCCCAGGCGAUGCGGGUGGUAGUGGAUGUACUUACUACCCCUGUGCAUGUCAGCGACCCCGCCUGACAGGCGCGUCCUUCCAGCAACCUGGCUGACUGUUACCCCGUCGUGUUCUGUGUUAGUGAUCACUGCCUCUAAACAGUCUGUUGGAAUAAUACUAUAAUAAUAAUAAUAAUAAAGUUAAAAUAUUUUAAAACACCAAAA